UCUUUACGUCAGCACGUGUACAGCAGCAGCGGCAGGCAGGCAGUAGUCAUCUCCUAGCUUCUGUCCACUACGUGAGGCUCUGCAUGCUCGCUGCCAGAGGGAACAACCACCGGAGAGAAGAGGCGGAGGGGGGACCGCGUUGUUUUCCGCCCCGAAAAAUCAACUUUUCUCAGAAAGUUGUGCGUCGAGCGAUGAGGGCUGCCGUGUGUCUUCAUGGCGGAGAAGUAGGAGGAGGACAGGGCUUCAUUUUGGCGAUCUGACGCUGCGCGGUCUGAGCUGUGUACGUCUGUGGACGUAAAGGAGAAGGUGCCUUUUUGUGGCCACACAUGCUCCACAGAGUGGGGAGCUGAUCCCAGGAAACAUGAUUUUCAAGAAUAUUCACCCGAGAACUUGCAGAGCAUGGCUGUCUUUGGUUUCCCCGAGGCAGGAACCGUGUUUCUACUCCACGGUGCCCCCGCAGCCGGUGCCCCCGCUGACCCAGACCCUGCAGGGGUAUCUGAGGGCGCUGGAGCCCCUUCUGCCCCCGGAGGAGCUCAACCACACCCGCAGGAUAGUGCAGGACUUCGGGAGGCCCGGGGGCCUGGGRCAGCAGCUGCAGGAGGGGCUGGAGAGGAGAGCCAGGUUCACCAAGAACUGGGUGUCAGACCUGUGGGUCCAGUGGGCGUACCUGGAGAGCAGGCAGCCCCUGGCGGUCCACUCCAACCCGGCCAUCUCUCUGCCCCGCAGGGACUACAACGACUGGAGGAGCCAGCUGCUGUUCUUCCAGCUGGAGGUCUACAACAGCGACGGCUCACGGAUGACCGAGGGUCAGAUUCACAGUCAGCUGCACAGAAUCAGGUCUCAGUCCUGGAAGACGGACAAGGAGCCCAUGGGCAUCCUGACCAGCGAGCACCGCCACACGUGGGGCGAGGCGUACAACCGCCUGCUGAAAGACAAACUGAACCAGGAGUCUGUGCGGAUGAUUGAGACGGGUCUUUUCUCGCUGUGCUUGGAUUCUCCCGUCAUGAGGAUAUCAGAUGAGAAGUACGCCAGCCGUAAGGCGGCUCAGAUUCUGCACGGAGGCGGGACGUACUCCAACAGCGGCAACCGUUGGUUUGACAAAACGCUGCAGUUUGUGGUGGGCGAGGACGGAUCAUGGGGCCUCCUGUACGAACAGGCCACAGCCGAGGGCCCGCCCAUAGCCAACCUGCUGCACCAUAUACUGGAGUACUGGAAGUUGUGGUUAAAUUAUCAUUUAUAUUCUUUCAGUCUGAUCAACGACCUCGACGUUCACGUCUUCAACUUCAAAAGGUUCGGCAAAGAGCUUCCCAAGAAGCACAGCUUGAGUCCAAACUCCUUCAUCCAGGUGGCUCUGCAGCUGUCCUACUACAGAGUUCACAGCGAGGUUUGUCCUGCCUGCGACAUCGCCUCACAGAGGAUGUUCAGAGGAGGACGGACCGAGUACAUCCGCUCGCCCACAAACCAGGCGCUCAAGUUCAUCCUGGCCUUCGACGAUCGGACCGUGUCGAGAGAGGCGAAGCUGGAGCUGCUCAGAGAAGCAGUGGAUGCGUACUCAGAGCUGACCACGCAGGCUCUGAGAGGACACGGCAUCGACCGCCACCUGCUGGGGCUCAAGCUGCAGGCCAUCGAGGAAGGACUCAGCAUUCCCAAAAUCUUCAUGGACACGGCUUACGGCCUGGCCACGCACUGGAAGCUGCGGACAGGACAGGUUCCCACCAACACCGACAGCGUGAUGUGUUUCGGGCCGCUCGUUCCCGACGGUUACGCCAUGUSCUACAACCCGCAGGCGGACCACGUCCACUUCGCCGUCACCGCCUUCAACUGCUGCGAGGAGACCAACGCAGAGACAAUGGCUCGCACUCUGAAGGAAACGCUGUGCGACCUGCAGGAGCUGCUGCAGCCUACCGUGUAGAGCUGCUGCAGCAACAAACUCGAUGAACCCUCCUUCCAAUAAGGGAAAAGAAACUUUCUAAAUGUUUUCUACGAGGCUUGUAUCUCAUUUAUGCUAAUUGUUACUCUUCCAUCGGAGCCUGGAGGCUGAGCUCUGCRGCUCUGCUGUGCUUUUGAUACAUUUUUUACAGCUGAUUUUUCUCUCUUUCAGCACGAAACUCUGAUUAAACGCUGGCUUCAAAUGUGAAAGUGAAAACAAGCUACCUGACACUCCAGCAUUAACCAAAGCAUCAAAUCACUUCACUCCUCUUUUUACGAGUUGGGAGACGACUAGCGGCCUUCCUGGCUCUUUCCACCAUAAAACCACCGUUUGCUCUGUCAGCACAGUUAAUUGGAUCAUUUGAUUUUUGUAGGUUUAGGAGCCUUUAAAAUGGACCAAAGGAGGUUAUUAUAAAUGGAAUAUAAAUGGUUUCUUUGGCAUCUGAGGUAAAAAUAAAAGAAAUACACAGAACCUGUAACAGGAAGCAGGAUGUGCAUCUUAUUGCGGGAAACUUGAUGGUAAAACCUUUACGAAUGUGAAAGCUCUGACUUUGCAUUUGUGUCUUCAUCCAUUUCUGUUGUAGACUUUGCAAUUAUGGCUCUGACUGUAGGUAUGCAAGGCGAGCAGCUAUUUUCUUACCGCCAUUUUCUGCCUUGCUUGGAAGUACAUGUUCUCAUGUCUUUCCUAAUUUGAAGAGUAAGUAAUAGAUGGGCUUCUGUACCCAAGUCCUGGAUUAAAGGCUCCUAGGAGUUCUGAUCAGCUAAAGAAGUAAACGAGUAGAUACAGAAAUGCUUGUUUUUAUAGGAAUUGUUCCAUUUUAAAACCUGGAUUGAUUCUCYGAUGUGAUAACUAGCAUAACAAUGGCAUUAAAAGUGAUUACCAUUGUUGGGAUUAAUUAACUUCAACCUGGGAUUGUCCCUGAUCUUGUGGCUGUACUUUACAUGUUGAGGUUUUCCCACUCGGAUGGCUCUGCAGGCGUUUGUUUAAACCUACAGGACUCCUUAACAAAUAAAGAGUGUGAUCACUUGA